UAAAAAAUCUUCCUAUAAUAAAAUAAUUUAUAUUAAUCGAUUAAUUUUGUCUUUCAAAAUUAUUUCAAUUGAUAAUCAAUAUUUAUGUUUCAGUACAGCAUAUUUCUUUUAGAAUGUAUAGUAUUAAGUAUAUUUUUGGGUGUUGUCAAAGUACUACAGGUAAACAAUACUCAGAGUACAAUGUCAAUAGAAGACAAUUUCGUACUUCAGGUCAAAAGUCCUGACGAUGUAUGUAAAGUAUGCGCAUUUGAUCCACCAACGGUUUCAUUUGUUGGCUGCAAACACCAUAUUUGUAAUUACUGUGCUAACUUAUUACGACUUUUCAAUUGUCAUUUUUGUCCAAUAUGUGAGGUACCAUUUAUUGAGUUAAUAGAACCUCUUAAACUGUGUGAAUGUAAUAAAGAAAUAGCCACAUGUACUAGAAUUUUAUUUAAAGGAAAUUGUCCUCACCGCAUUGGUCAUGGUUGCGCUUUGAGAAGGUUGCCUAAAAGACAAUUUAACCAUUGUGAUGAAUGUGGAGCUGAUGUUAAAGCUUAUACAGAUAUACUUCCUGUUGAUGAAUAUGAAAAGAGGACUUCAAAAGAUCAACCAAUUAGAAGCCGUCUCCAGAAUGCAAUUCGAAUUAGGCCUAAUUAAAACUAGCUUUGUUUACAAACUUGUUGAAACAUAAAAAUUGUAUUUUUAUACAACCAAUUUCAUUUUAUAAUAUAGAUUAUAAGUACAUAAAUGACCUUAUCUACUUUUUAGAAAGUUGACUUCAAAUUAUAUAUUUGAUAUUAAUAAAAAAUUUAAUAUUAAAGUU